AUGCCAUCGGGUCAGGCUUCGGACGACGACGCUGCGUCUGAGUUAUUUCCCCAGCUGGGGAACUACGAGCCCUCGUUGUCUGCCUCUAGCGAGGCGUCAGGGUCGACGUCGUCCGAUCUUCACAGCUCCAUCUUACGCAAAAUCAUAGGAGCAGGGUCUGCUCCAGGAGCCACGUCUUCACGGUUUUAUUACAGCGAUUUGUACGAUUAUUACGCCAACAACGCCAGCUCUGAGUAUGCGAGCGAUUUCGAGGCCUACGAACGGCGCAUUCAAAAGGAGAAUAGAAUCAGAAAUGCUAUAUCACGCUUGAAUCAGGAUCGACACAGUCGUCAGAGCUGGAGCCAGACGAAGCUCGGAAUCGUCAAUCUCAGCAGAGUGAGCAGUCUCGAAACGGUUCCCAUCGACGAGUGCGAGGAGGUGGGGGAGCUGCCUAUAGAGCUCCAGGCCGUAGGACAUAGCAGGAAGUCUGACUUCAGCGAUAUCAACAUAGACGACGACCAGCCAGAAAUGAUUGUGAGCAACGACGAAAAUCUGGACUACACUUUUCGACGAAUAGAGCCCACGGUCAGAGCCCGGAAGAGGAAGAAGUCGUUUUUCGACUACUUCAACAUCAAUCGCAACUACCGCAUCCAACGCAAGUUGCAUGUCCGCCAUUUGCACCAAAUCGCGCUGGGAGGAACGCUAGGCGUGGGCCUAUUGCUUUCCUCGGGCAAGUCGUUCAGCAUUGCCGGUCCGCUGGGCUGUCUGCUUGGAUUCAGCAUCGCCGGAUUGAUAGUGUUGGCUACAAUGCUGUCUUUCUGCGAAAUGGUGACGCUCAUCCCGCUCUGUGGCGGUGUUUCCGGAGUGUCGUCGCGAUUCGUCGACGACGCGUUUGGGUUUGCGCUCGGAGUAUGUUACUGGCUCAGCUACUGCAUCGGCUUCCCCACCGAGAUCACCGCCGCGUCCAUCAUGCUCAGUUUCUAUCCCAGUCUCGAUAUCCCCGGGCCCAGCACGGCAGGCUGGAUAACGCUCUUCCUGGUGGUUGCGCUGCUGAUAAACCUGUGCGACAUAAGGGUUUACGGCGAAAUCGAGUACUUUUCCACUCUUUUCAAACUGCUUAUCCUGGUAGCUCUACUGAUCUACAACUGCGUGCUCAACGCGGGCGGAUCUGCCCCCCACCACGAACGAAUCGGUUUCCGAUAUUGGGACAGCUCCAAAUCAGACCUCGAACACCACAUCACUUACGGCCCCUUUAGGCCAACCUUCGACGUCAAAGACACGGGCACAGGCGCGACUGGCGGCAUAGGCGGCGCCAAGGGCCGGUUUCUGCAGGUCCUGGUAGCGUCCGUGGUGGCAUCUUACGGCUACGUGGGGACGGAAAUCGUUCUUAUCGCGGGCGGCGAGUCCCGGAACCCGCGCCACGCCAUCCCGCUAGCUACCAGAAACAUCUACUGGCGUAUCCUCGUGUUCUACAUUCUGGCAGUGUUCAUCAUUGGCCUCAACAUUUACAGCGGCGACCCGCGCCUGCUGAGAUAUUUCACCUGGACAGGCCCUUCCACCGAAAGCGAGAAAAAACAGCGCGAACAGCUCGAGUCCAUGGUCAUCCAGCUCAACGGCGGCGGAAACUGCAAAACACAUCUGCUCCAGUGGGCGGGCUUUGCCAACGGCAACCAGUCGCCGUUCGUGAUUGCGCUCCAGAGUGCCGGGCUGUGCAGUUUUGCGGCUGCUACCAACGGCUUCCUGGUGUACUUUGCCCUGACAGCGGCAUCCUCGCAGCUCUACGCCUCGUCACGGACGCUGUACUACCUGGCGAUUCAAGGCAAGGCGCCCAAGCUAUUCUCCAUCUGCUCCAGGAGUGGUGUUCCCUACAUGAGUGUCUUAUUUACAGGCCUAUUCUCGUGCCUCGCAUAUUUGUCUGUCGACAACAACACCGCCCUGGUUUUUGAACGGCUGCUCAGCGUCUGUGCGUCCACAGGACUGCUUGUUUGGUCGGGCAUGUGUUUAUCGUUCAUCAGGUUCUACUACGGGCUGCAGCUACGUCCAGAUAUCAUCAGUCGAACAGACAAAAAUUACCCCUACAGAUCUCCUUUUCAGCCGUAUCUCGCGUACUUCGGGAUGCUGGGCUCGUUGUGUCUGGUGCUGAUUGGAGGUUUUGUCGCGUUCAUCCAUGGCCAAUGGUCUCCAGCAUACUUUAUCUCGUGCUACGGCUCGUUGUUUGUGUGCAUUUUCUGCUACAUUGUGUACAAAAUUUUCCGACGCACCAGAAUCCACCGUCUCGACCAGCUGGACCUCGACUCUGGCAGACGCGAGAUCGACCGCAUAAUUUGGGAGGACGACACGCAUUACGCGAGCAACUUCAGGGAAAUCAUCAGCAAAGGCAUCAGCUUGCUACUUUAA